AUGAAUUACGUGAAGUUCAACAUGGAUCUGGUAGUUGGUUUGGGAGUACUGCAUCCGAAAAAGAUGGAAAUAGAUAACGGCCAGUGUUCGUCGUCCGAAGAUGAUUGUACGGAGCAAUCAGAAUCCUCUCACCGUCAUUCAGCUGUAGUUAAAUUGGAUCUUGAUACGGAAGAUAUUGCUCAAAGAGUGCUUCGUGUUCUAAGUGUUGACAAGGAGCCGAGCCGAAGUAAUGCAGUACGAGUUUUUGCUGUAGAAGGACGCAUUCUGCAAAUGUUGGUGGUAUAUUAUCGCGCUUCCAUAGUUAAUUUGGCUUUAGAUCAGUGUCUUUUCACAGCAAUUGGAAUUCCUAAAUAUCAAAAGAUCACAGCAGCUGAUAGGAAAUCCCUUCAAAGAUCCCUGGCUAACUUACUUGAUAUGUGCGAUUUAGCCAAAUCCACCAUAGAUUUAACAACGCAGAAAAAAUGGAUUACAAUGUUCAAAGGGCUGAAAUCGAAGCUUGAGGAUGAGGCGAAGAAAAUCCAAGCAUCAAUGCAGCAGUAUGGUGAACAACUAACUCAGCAAGUUGAGCAUAUAAGAGGCGCCACGAGCGAUGCUGGCAGUGAGGGUGGAUCUAGCAUCACUCGACGGUUUUUGAAUUCCGUCGGUGGUUCCACGACGGUAUCUCCCAAUUUGCAAGAUUCUCUAAACCAUUCCGUUGGCACCGCUCUUAUGGAAGAAGUGACCGAAGGUGAUUUGCUUGGUUUGGAUUCUUCAUCACGUCAAAGACGACUGUCAGGAGGCUCUACCCAUAGCACUGAGAGUUCGCUUUCCACCUUAUUUCAAUCUGUUCCUGGCUUAGCUGGUACAACUUUGGAUGCUGGGGAUUCUGAUAGUGAGACUGUUGACGAGUAUGGCUCUGGCGUAAUUCGUUCUGCUUCAAAGGACCAAAUAUCCAGUGUUCUUUCAAGACUUCAAGGUCGUGCGUCAACGUAUAAAGAUAAAUAUAGAGAUCUGGUGAAAAAAUACAACGAUGUUGUGACGGAAAACAAUAAAUGCAGGACAGUCCUAGCACAAACGCAGGACAAGGCCCUCGAUCGGAUCGCAAAACUGAAACGCGAAAAGAAAGCUCUUGGAGAAAAGUUGCGGGAACUGGAAGAAAGUCGGUCCACCUCUUCUCCGGCUGAGCACAAACAGCAUCGCUUGGAGGAAAUGCUAGAAAAAUGCAAAGUGGAGAUUACUAAGAAUCGUGCUAAGAUAAAAGAACUGACUCAAGAAAAUGAAAAGCUAUCACUCAGCGUUAAAGCUGCUGAAAGUGAGUCUGAUAUAUCAACUUUGGUGGCGGAUCGUGUGGCAAAUGAAUGGAAACAGAGAAUCGAUAAGGUGGAGGAGGAAUGGACGGAGCGGAUGAACAAAGUUGGUACUUUGCUCAAAAUUCAGCUAAAGCUUAACGAUAUUGAGGAAACUUCUUUGCAGAAUGAUGCCGAUCAUGCGAUACAGCUGGCAACAACGAAGGCUGACAUGCAUGCUGCGUUGGAAACGAAAGACAAGGAGAUUGAAUCUUGGAGGUCAAAAUGUCGCACCCUAGAGGUACAAGACGGGCAAGCGAACGAACGCUGGCAAAAGAAAGUCGAUGAACUACAACAAGUAAUUCAGGCACUGGAAGCAGAGAAGGGCGACAUGAUCGAGAAGCUGUCGGCAGCAAAAUUGCAAGGAGUCAAAGCUGUCCGAGACGAAGAAGAGAAAAAACGGGAAGAGCUUGUAGCUGAAUUCUCAGAAAAAGAACAGAGACUGCAGCAAGAGUUUGAAACAAGAUUCAGGCAGUUCGAGUCUUCGAAAGAGGAAGAAAUUCUACAGUUG